UGCCUUUACCAUGCACAAGGUGGCUUUGGCGUCCACGGAUUUGCCCGGCUCGACCCCCUGCUGCGAGGAGACCCCGGACUCUUAUUGCCCAGAGGAUGACCGGUGGCAGAAGCUGCGCACGGCGGUCCGGAAGCUGGAAUUCUGGGAAAGCUUUGAGGCGGAGCUGAUAGGCAGCGGCUUCUUCUCCAAAGUCUUCAAGGUGGUUCCCCGUCCUGGGGCAAAGGCCAUGGUGGUCAAGAUUUACAAGAACGAUGCUGACCAGGAGGGGAUUGUGAGGGAGAUCAGCUUGCUGCAGAAGCUCUCCCACCCCAACAUCGUCCGGUACCUCGGGAUCUGCGUGAAGGAUGACAAGCUGUACCCCAUUCUGGAGUACGUGAACGGCGGUUGCCUGGAGGAGCUGUUGGCCUGCAAAGAUGCCCCCCUCAGCUGGAAGGAGAAAGUGGGCUUGGCCUCGGACAUCACCCGCGGGAUGGUCUACCUCCACUCCAAGAACAUCUACCACCGCGACCUCAACUCCAAGAACUGCCUCAUCCGAGUGACCCAACGAGGGCGAGAGGCAGUGGUGACCGACUUCGGGCUGGCCAAGGAAGUGGCGGAGCUGUCGGCCAAGAGUCCGGAGAGGAAGCUCUCGCUGGUGGGCUCAGCCUUCUGGAUGGCUCCCGAGAUGCUGCGGGGGGAGCCCUACGACCAGAAGGUGGACGUCUUCUCCUUUGGCAUCGUCCUCUGCGAAAUUCUGGGCAGGAUCCCCGCUGACCCUGAGGUGCUGCCACGAACUCAGGAUUACGGGCUGGACGUGGCCGCCUUCCACAGCAUGAUCCACGGGUGUCCCACGCGGGUUUUGGAUUUGGCUGCCAGCUGUUGCAAGGUGAGGACUUCCUUCCAAAGGGGGCCUCUUUUGCCCCAGCAGCUUUGCGGGUUGCAGAGGCGGCGGCGGCGGCGGCAGCUGAGGGUGCUGG